CAAACUGUGGAAUAAAAACAUUUGUUUCAUGUUCAACACUUGAACCUGCUGCAUCCAGUCUUCAGUCAGAAGAUGAGGUGGUGAUGUAAGAAAUGAAUGAAAAGGACUUUGACAGAGUGGGAAAAUGACGAAGUAAACAUUAACAGCUCAUAUAUCGUAAAACUUCACUAAACUCAGCCACUGUAUAUUUGGGACAGGCACCUUUUCCUUUCACACAAAACUGAUGGGAAAUACAAUUAAAUUGUUCAUUUAAACCAGUAUGAAUAUUGUUUAAAAAAAAAUAGGCCUCAGAUAAUAUAUAAAUUAUGAAUCAUUCAUUUGAUCUGACAGAAAGCGCAUCAGAGAGAGUUACGACACUUGUUUUAUGACACCCAAGGAUUACAGCACCCGGCACACCUACACAACACCACUUUCUGUUAAAAAUACGCACAACUUGGAUUCAUUUUUCAUUCAUUCAUUCAUCUUCUAACCGCUUCAUCCUCUUGAGGGUCGCGGGGGGGCUGGAGCCUAUCCCAGCUGACAUCGGGCGAGAGGCAGGGUACACCCUGGACAGGUCGCCAGACUAUCGCAGGGCUGACACAUAGAGACAAACAACCAUUCACACUCACAGUCACACCUACGGACAAUUUAGAGUUACCAAUUAACCUAGUCCCCAAUCUGCAUGUCUUUGGACUGUGGGAGGAAGCCGGAGUGCCCGGAGAGAACCCACGCUGACACGAGGAGAACAUGCAAACUCCGCACAGAAGGGCUCCCACGCCCGGGAUCUUUUUAUCUGAAGACCCUUACAGACUAAAGGAAUAUGACUAACUUACUGGGUAAUUGAGGAAUGGACAAAUAUUUGGGCUUAAUGACAGCUUCAGAGUAAGAGUCACCACUUUUAUGUCUCUCAUGCUGGUAAAUUUGAGUGAAUUUUUCUUUGGUGCUCAUGGUUUCAGUAAAAUGAUGUUAACGAUUGAAUUGUGGAGAAUAAAUCAGAUGACCGCUAUUUAGAUAGAUAAACCAAAGUGUCUGACUGGACUGACACUAGUAGGGGACAGAGAGAAGGUGUGGUUUUUUCUUAGAGGAACUGCCCUUUUUUUUUUUUAAUUGCGGAUGGUAAGAUCAUAUAGUAAUCUAACAGUUUCAUGUGACUGUGGUUAUUUGAGUCAGUUGAUGUGAUUCUCUGAUUAUUUAUCAACCCAGAGCUCAGCCAUCACACAGCAGCUCCACUCGUCUCACCUCAGACAUGUCGGCAUUUUCGUCUACAGCCACGGCAGUGGACAGCGUGGUGGUCGUCACACAUGUUCACCGAACUAUCCAGCCUGUUUUACCUCGACAUUCUCCAGCUCCGGGUCAACAUCUCAACCCCGGAAACAACUACUCCUUGAGCGGAGGACAAUUGCAGGUGGUUGGGCUGGUGCAGAUGGCUAUCGGAAAAAUAAUCCUCGUGUGUGGAUGCAUCAUUUUUGCAACUAGUCACGACAAACUGUCAGUCUACAGUGGUGUAUUCGCCUGGGGAUCAUUGUUGUUCAUCAUUGCUGGAUCUGUGACGGUGUCUGCUGGGAUGUCAAUGAGCCAAUCUCGGAUGAAAUCUGCUGUGUGCUAUAAUGUUGCUACUACUGUGACUGCAAUUCCCAUCGGCAUCAUUUUCUUUCUGGAUACUGCCGAAAUUUUGAAGACAAAUGACAAUGACCAUCCUCCCUGGUUCCCUGACCAUGAUGAGGUAAAAUGUUUUGAUCUGAUGUUACAUUAGAUUAAUUUUACAGAUUGUUGUCAUCAAAAGCAAUUUACCAUGUGUCUCAUCUCUUACAAAGAAAAAA